AUGUGGUACGUUCGUGUUAAGUUCGACGAGGAGGACGGCAUCUACGAGAUCUCAUGCUACGCCAGACCGCCACCGAUCUUGUUCUUUAUAGGAGAUGACUCGUACGCUAUCGAUUACACAGACUACAUUGUUCAGCUCGAAUACCGGUCAGUGUAUGCUUGCUCUGAUGCCAACGAAAAUGUAUAUUGGGUCAUGGGAUUUCCAUUUAUUCGAAGCUACUGCCACGUGUACGACAUCGACAAUAGACGAUCGAUUCGCCCGUCG